AGAGAUGGACGAGGUCAAUUUACCAAACAACCCCUUCAACGAUUCCUCCUAAACUAAACCCCCACCAGAACAGAACCUUUGCGCCUAUGGUGUAAUUCGAUUCCACUUUCCAUUUCCACACAGUUUCUCAGAAAUCGAAGAACCAACCAAACCAUUUCAGAAUCCCAAUUUCAAAUUCAAUUCAAUGGCAACCAGAAAUCGAACUCUAGAGUUCAGAAAGCACAGAGACACCGUCAAAAGCUUACGCACUCCACUUUCUUCAUCAGCUUCUGCUUCUUCUGGUGGUCCUGUCAUUGAAAUGGUUAACACUUCACUUCUUCGUUCCAAUAAACGAUCUUCUUAUGCUCCUCUUAGUACCCAAGACCCAGGUCCAUCAUCCUCAAGUGAUGCAUUUACUGUGGGUUUGCCGCCAUCUUGGGUGGAUGAUUCUGAAGAAAUAGCCACAAAUAUACAACGUGCAAAGGUUAAAAUGUCUGAGUUAACCAAAGCUCAUGCAAAGGCUUUAAUGCCUUCCUUUGGUGAUGGUAAAGAUGAUCAGCAUCAGAUUGAGACUCUCACCCGGGAAAUUACGGCUCUCCUCAGAAAGUCUGAAGUGAGACUAAAAAAACUUUCUGCUGGCAGAGGAUCUUCUGAGGAAUCUAAUGUCAAGAAAAAUGUGCAGCGUUCGCUUGCUACAGACCUUCAGAACUUGUCAAUGGACCUGCGGCGGAAGCAGUCAGCAUAUUUGAAACGUUUGCAGCAGCAACAAGAGGGUUAUGACGGGAUUGACUUGGAGAUGAACUUUAAUGGGAGUAAAUCUGGAUUGCAGGACGAUGGAUUUGAUGAUGUGGGUUUUAGUGAAGCGCAGUUGACAAAGCUAAAGAAAAAUGAGCAGAUUUCAGCAGAAAGAGAAAGAGAAAUUGAUCAGGUCGCUAAAUCAGUCCAGGACCUUGCUCAAAUCAUGAAGGAUCUCUCCGUCCUUGUGAUAGACCAGGGAACAAUUGUGGAUAGAAUUGACUACAACAUUCAGAGUGUUGCUACAACUGUUGAGGAGGGCUUUAAGCAGUUGCAAAAGGCAGAAAGAACUCAGAAAAAAGGAGGGAUGAUUACAUGUGCAACAGUGCUCGUUAUCAUGUGCUUUGUCAUGCUAAUUCUGUUGAUAAUCAAGGAGAUAAUCCUCUAGCCACAUUAAUCAAUUACCUGCAUUACAUACCAUCUAACAUCAGAGUUGCUAAUUCACUUUCCUCGUGUCGAUUUGUAUCAAAUCGGCUUCUGUUUGAAGGGCCUCGAGUUUACAAAAUCAUCCAUUUUUUUAAAAUUUGAAUGGCAAUGGGGGACGGCAAUGUACAACACUGAUUCGUGCAAAUAUGUAACGUACCCACAAAAUAGUCUGUUGCAUUGUAGAUAGAUACUUGAGAGUUGAGAUUUAGAAAGAAAAUUUGUACAUGAUAUCAAGUAAACAAGAGUGGUAGUGCAAACUACAAAUUUUAAAGUGCUACAUGUUUUAGAGCCAUCCAUCAAACAUGUUAAUUUACAUUUAGAUAAUACAUUUACCAUUUAGUCACAAAGAAAAUACAUUUACCAAACUACUAUUUUCA